AGGUGGGAGGGUCAUGACGCAGCGAGUUUCAGUCGUGACUUUUCCGGGGGCAUCUUGGCGUCCCCUUUUUUUCCCUUUAAAGUAAAACGUCUCCUCGACGCACCCCCCGCGUAUUUCGGGCGGUGGAGGCGGUGGGCCCGGAGUGGGGGGGGCGCUGACGCGAGCCCGGCGCGGCGGGCCGGUCACGUGGGCGUGUUGUGGGGGGAGGGGUGCCGUCGCGCGGUCGGUUCCGGGCGGUUGGGAGCGCGCGAGCGAGCGAGAGGCAGCCGCGCCCGCCGCCGCCGCCCCUGCUCUGUAUGCCGCUCUCCCCCGGCGCGGCCGCCGCCGAUCACAGCAGCAGGAGCCGCCGCCGCCGCGGUUGAUGUGGUUGGGCCGGGGCUGAGGAGGCCGUCAAGAUGCCGCAGUCCAAGUCCCGGAAGAUCGCGAUCCUGGGCUACCGGUCUGUGGGGAAAUCCUCAUUGACGAUUCAGUUUGUUGAAGGCCAAUUUGUUGACUCCUACGAUCCAACCAUAGAAAACACUUUCACAAAGUUGAUCACGGUAAAUGGACAAGAAUAUCAUCUUCAACUUGUAGACACAGCUGGGCAAGAUGAAUAUUCUAUCUUUCCUCAGACAUACUCCAUAGAUAUUAAUGGUUAUAUUCUUGUGUAUUCUGUUACAUCAAUCAAAAGUUUUGAAGUGAUUAAAGUUAUCCAUGGCAAAUUGUUGGACAUGGUGGGGAAAGUGCAAAUACCUAUUAUGUUGGUUGGGAAUAAGAAAGACCUGCACAUGGAAAGGGUGAUCAGUUAUGAAGAAGGGAAGGCUUUGGCAGAAUCUUGGAAUGCAGCUUUUUUGGAAUCUUCUGCUAAAGAAAAUCAGACUGCUGUUGAUGUUUUUAGAAGGAUAAUUUUGGAGGCAGAAAAAAUUGAUGGGGCAGCUUCACAAGGAAAGUCUUCGUGCUCAGUGAUGUGAUUCUGCUGCAAAACCUGAGGACACUGGGAAUCUGUUCUACCUGAAGAAGCAAACUGCCCGUUAUCCUUUAAGACAACUAUGCUUCUUUUUUCUUCUGUUAGCCUGAAAGAUAGCAUUUGGGUCAGAGCUUUUUUUUCUCCCCUCUUCAGAUUAUGUUAAACUCUGACUCUGUCCAAAUGAGUUCAUUUCCAUUUUCAAAUUUUAAGCAAUCAUAUUUUCAAUUUAUAUAUUGUAUUUCUUAAUAUUAUGACCAAGAAUUUUAUCGGCAUUAAUUUUUCAGUGUAGUUUGUUGUUUAAAAUAAUGUAAUCAUCAAAAUGAUACAUAUUGUUACACUACUAUUAACUAGGCUUCAGUAUAUCAGUG